UGCGAAACUAGGUCACUACUGCUUAUCUUUAUCAGUGCUAUCUGCAUAGUACAAUACUGGUUCAAUACUACUUCUCUAUUGUAGAAUAUAGCUGACGAAUGUAUGUGGACAAACAACAAUAUAAGUAAUAUUGAUAGGCUAAGCUUGACAAUUUUCAAUUUGUUUACUAUGUAUUGAAUACAACUGGUUUUCUUCAUAAAUACUGUUAGUUUAAACGUAAAGAGUUGUCUAUCAAUUUUAUUCUCAUAAUAAAAUCAUAGUUGAAAAUGUGGAAAGCCAUUUUACUUGUUGCCAUUUGCUUUAAUUUUGUUAGAGCUUAUGAAGAGAAUUCUCAGUUAAGCUCUCUUAGAAGUUUUGUUGAGAAGGUCAAAAAGGAAAUUGAAUUGAACAGUUUACAGCAAUUGGUUAGAAAAUCGUUAAUGAAGAGAGAAAACUAUGAUAGUCAGCUUCCAAUUUGGCUUGAUGAAGAAAGAGAGUACUUUGAUGGAUAUCUACCUGUUGAGCAAAUUACUAUCAUUGGUAAAGAUGGAGCCUUUGCAACUAAACAUUCUGGAGGACUAAAUGUACCACUAACUGAUCCUCAAAGAGAACUAAUUGUUGAAAAGAUGAAAGCAAAUGAUGUUGGAUUCUUUAUGGGAAUUGUUCUUCACAUUGAAGGAGGUCACUUUCAGUAUGUUGCAACUCAUGACUCUGUAAUUUUUUAUUAUGACCCCAGAAGGGGAUACAUGGCAAUAGGAAAGUCUGGAAAUGGGAUUGUAAUUGUACGUGCCGAUCUUACUAAGAAUGCACAAAAUAUGUUUGUUUUUAUCCAAAGGAUUGGGAGACAUAUUCAAUAAUUAUGAGUAAAUAAUCAGUUUAAUGAAUUUAAGACCGCGGAUUGAAAUGAACACAUGCUUUUAUUCUGUCAAUAAUAUUUUCUGAAUAGGUUAGGAACUGAACUAUCAACUGUUAAUUUCGUAGGGUUUAUAUACUCUUUUAAGAGUUGAUAGUUCACCAAUUUCAAUGUUCACAAAAACAAAAAAGCAGCUUUAUCUUGAAAGUACCACCAAUGUACAAAACAGUUGGAUUUUGAUAAUAAAUUCAGCUGAUGGUUUGUUGCAAAGAUUAAAA